GGAUAUACAAGAUUCACGGAUAUACAAGAAUACAGAAGAAAGUAAAAAAAAAACGCAAUAAUGCAAUGAUCAACAUGGCGAUCAUUCUUUCAAACUUUUUUUAACACGUUCAUUGCCGUUCAUGCCGCGAUAUCGCGUGAUCGUCGCUAACGAGUUUCUAUGCGGGAUAGAAUAGCGGCCACAGCGAAACGGUGCGUGAUGUUUACAUAGGCCAUUGGGGAAGGGAUUGAACUCUCGUGGAGGGGAGAUGGCCUCCAGCCAUCGUCUGUUGUUUUUGUUAGCCAGUGCGCACAGUGGCGGCGUUCGAACUAGGUGACGAUUCGACGAUUUUGUUUAGGUUAUUCGUUGAUUUAGCGCACUUAAAGUUUGGUUUUUAUUUAUUUUGAAUAUUAUUUUUGUUUUUUAUUAUGAGUGACAAACCAGGACCCUCGAAAAGACUCAGUUCAAUGCCAGAUCGUGCAAAAAAACGACUAAAAAGUACGGAUGUGGAAGAGUUAUUACUGGACUCGGACGACGACAUUUAUGCAGGGAGUGAUGUCGAUGAUAGAGACUACGAUUUUGGUGAUAGCGAAAUUAGCGUUGAGAGAAAAUAAUUGAAUCGUAUUUGCCAGAAAUAACAUCUGACCCACAAACCACGCAGAAGAGACGUGGAGACCGAGACCAACACAAGCUGACUAAAAUUGAAAAAGCCAAACCGCGAUGUCUAAGCACUGGCAAAACAAUAAAUGCAACGUCCAGAAAGGAUUGUAGAAACUGUUAUAAAAAUAAGAAAAGGGUAAACACCACCACUGAGUGUAAAAACUGUCCAGGUUCUCCCCCGUUGUGUAUUGACUGUUUUUUUGACUUGCAUGAUUGCACUGCUAAAUAAAUUUAUAUUUUGUAUCC